AUGCUGGCGGCCAUGUGGUGCAACGGGUCGGUGUUCGGCAUCCAGAACGCCUGCGGGGUGCUCUUCGUGUCCAUGCUGAAGACUUUCGGGUCCAAGGACGAUGACAAGAUGGUCUUCAAGACAGCAUGGGUAGGUUCUCUGUCCAUGGGGAUGAUUUUCUUUUGCUGUCCAAUAGUCAGCGUCUUCACAGACAUAUUUGGUUGUCGGAGAACAGCUGUCGUGGGUGCUGCCGUGGGAUUCAUCGGGCUCAUGUCCAGUUCUUUCGUAAGUUCCAUCGAGCCUCUGUACUUUACCUAUGGAAUCAUAUUUGCCUGCGGGUGCUCCUUUGCAUACCAGCCUUCAUUGGUCAUUUUGGGACACUAUUUCAAAAAGCGCCUUGGACUGGUGAACGGCAUUGUCACCGCCGGCAGCAGUGUCUUCACAAUUUUGCUGCCGUUCCUUUUAAGGGUCCUGAUUGACCACGUGGGCCUCUUCCACACACUGAGAGUGCUCUGCAUCUUCAUGUUUGUUCUCUUUCUGGCUGGCUUUACGUACCGACCUCUCACUUCCAGUGCCAAAGACAAAGAGAGUGGAAGCAAAGGAAGCGGCAGGUUCGCCCUCUUUUCCAGGAGAAAGUUCACUCCUCCAAACAGAAUUUUCAAUUUUGCCAUCUUCAAGGUGACGGCUUAUGCGGUGUGGGCAGCUGGGAUACCUCUUGCCCUGUUCGGAUACUUUGUGCCUUAUGUUCACUUGGUGAAACAUGUCAAUGAAAGAUUUCAAGAUCAGGAAAAUAAAGAGGUCGUUCUCAUGUGCAUUGGCAUCACUUCAGGAGUUGGACGACUGCUCUUUGGCCGGCUUGCAGAUUAUGUGCCUGGCGUGAAGAAAGUUUAUCUACAGGUACUCUCCUUUCUCUUCAUUGGUCUGAUGUCCAUGAUGAUUCCACUGUGUAGUGUAUUUGGAGCCCUCAUUGCUGUCUGUCUCAUCAUGGGUCUCUUCGAUGGAUGCUUCAUUUCUAUUAUGGCCCCCAUUGCCUUUGAGUUAGUUGGUCCCCAGGAUGUCUCCCAAGCAAUUGGAUUUCUGCUCGGAUUCAUGUCUAUACCCAUGACUGUGGGUCCACCCAUUGCAGGGUUACUACGUGACAAGCUUGGCUCCUAUGAUGUGGCAUUCUACCUCGCUGGAAUCCCUCCCCUUCUUGGAGGUGCUGUGCUUUGUUUUAUCCCAUGGAUCCACAGUAAGAAGCAAAGAGAGAUCAGUAAAACCACUGCAGGAGAAAAGUCAGAGAAAAUGCUGGAGAACCAGAACUCUCUGCUGUCAAGCUCAUCUGGAAUCUUCAAGAAAGAAUAUGACUCUAUUAUUUAAUGUCUUAUAUACCUCCACCAGACUGAACUUCCUUUUGAAUUUUAAGCAAGUUCCCUUUUAUAUGAAUUACAAAUUUCUUAUUUUUUUAAUCACAACCUAGGAAUAGCACAAGAAUUGGAAACAGAACUCUCAUUACUACAAGAACCAUUUCCUGCCACUGAAGAGCUGUCUGAUAUUUCCAUGUCUGAGGGCAGAUAUUCUGACACGUGAAAACAUGUCUGAAAGUCAAAUAUUGUGAAAAUUUCAGUAGAAAGCAAUUUUGGAAACUGUGAAUGUUAUUUAGCUUGUACAAAUAUUUAAAAAUACCUCAAGCUAUACUAAAAGGGUUGCAGUUUGCUUAGGACUGGAAAUAUUGCUUUUUGUUUCACAUGGUGUCGUGAGUGCUGGGACCUCUGUUUUAAUUUCUUCUGCUCUUGGGAAACGUAUAAAAUUUAAGCUUGGAUUCUAGAUUAUAGCAGAUCUACCUAAACCUCAAGUCCAUGUUAGAGUUGCUUGUCUGCUGUUAAGUAAGUUAUGGAAUUAAAAUAUUCUGAUUUGCUCCAGUGUCCUGGGAGCAAAUUCUAACAAUGGAUUCCGAAUGAACACGUGCGAUAACAAGGAUCCUAUUCAUAUUUAGAGGGGCAGGGCAGUUCAGAAAUCAAGCAUCUCUUCUGUUUACACUUGUGUCUUUUGGGUUUGUAGUGUGUUUUACUCAAGUAGCCAGAGACACCCCAAAUUCCUGAAUUUGCUUCAAUGGUAACAAUAAAGUAUAACAGAAUGCAUGAAAAGA